CUCACAAUAUGGUUUCUACACAAUGCUCUGUCUAAAUGAGCAUGUACUAUUGGAAGAUUCACAAAUUGAACACCAGAGAAUACUCAUAAACUGCAGUAUAUAGACUUAAAACAAUAUGGAUGACCAACUAUAGUUAUCUGUAGAUCAACAACCAAACACUAAUGGCAAGUGUGCUGGUGGAUUUAGAAGAUAUUGCAUAUAUAGAUGACAUUGGCAACAGUUUAGAGCACCUGGAAGAACUGGACACAGACAACAAUAGACUAGGCCACAGAACACACCCGUUCUUUAAUGACAUUCUAGCACUGAAUGUGAACCAUCCACUGAUUACAGAACUAAGGAGAGAGAGGCAAGAGAGAAAACUGCUGGCUGCAAAAGGUUCCAAGAGGAGGCAAGUGGAGAAGGACUACAAUAAACUGAUCACAUGCAUAGAUCAAGAGGUUACACUAAAGGAACUUCGUGAGGACAGAGCUACGCUAUUAGCUAGGACUGGUGAAAGUGAACAAACAGAGGACAAAGCUAAGCUUCUAGCUGGGACAUGUGACAGUGAAGAAAUUAUUCCUGAGGCAAAAGUAAACCUGUUAUCUAGGACAAGUGAAAUUGAAAAAUCAGAUGACAUGCCUAGCCAUACCAAGCGUGACAAGCAGGUUCUGAUGAAAUCUGGGCAGAAUCAAUUGAAUGAACUGGAAGGUAAAAAGGAUGAUUCAAUAGAUUAUGAUGAACUUCAACCUGAUACAGAAAGGAUCAUUCCAAAAGGUAUUUGCAAGGAAGCUGAAAAUACAAAUGUUAAAACAAAUGUGUACCUUCAGGAAAUGAAAGCAAAUGUAUUUACUGUUGAUGAACCAAAGAGCUUUACAAAUGUACCACAUGACAAGACAGAAUCUAGAUACCAGAAACUUUCAGAAAGCUCAACCUCUGAAAGCAUGUCACAAGAGUCCUCAAAGGGAAGUAAGAAAAGAAGCAGGAAGAAAAAUCUCUAUAAUGUUGACCUCAAUGCACUUCUAGAAAAACCAGGCCCAAGUCAUAUCAAUGCUGAAAUUAAAAUAGUGGUUACAAAUGAGGAAGGCCAAGAGGAUGAAGCCCAAAUAGAAGGUAAAGGAAAGGGAAGUAAGGGUUUAAAACACCAUACGUCCAGUUUGGGUUACACCACCAAUGAUUCAACAACAAUGACAUCGGAUUCACCAAAGACCUCCAUAAACUACUUCCGAAAAUUGUCUGAAGACAAGUCAGAGGAAACAAAAGUUAACAGUUUAUUGCUGAAGCAAGAACUAUACAAACUGAAUAAGGCUAAACCGUUCCAACAGCUUACAAAAACAAAACUUGGAAAAUAUGAGGCAGGAAUUGAAGGGGACAACAGAAAGAGUUACAUCAAAAGCAUGACAAUGCUACCUGACAAGAGAUUUAUUCUGUUUGACAAGCACAACAGAUGCUUGAAAAUGUUUGACGAUGCUUUUAACCCCUUAGACAGACUCGUCAUCAACGUCAAACACUGCGCACUUGCAGCAGUGUACAGCAACUGCAUAGCUGCAUCGCUGCCCAAACUUUCUCGUAUACAGCUGUACCACUGUGGCCGGUUGCAAAACAGACUCAGAAAAGAACAAACGCUCCCCAUUGAGGGCGAGUUCUUCUCCCUGGCGCAUUAUGACAAGAAACUUUACAUGAUAGAGCGGAAGCGGCGUCAGAAUCUGACGGACAAUCACCAAUGGUUCGUGAAGGCGUUGGACUUGAAGAACAUGGGCAAUGAACCUGAAGUGUUGCGCACCUUUAGCACUGGUCAUAAGGACUGCAGCAUCCUGGUCAAUGGAAACGGGGUGUAUGUAACCAACAGGCUGGAGAAUGAGGUCAUACUGCUGAAACAUGAUGGAACAUUUGCCUACAGGCACAAGGUUGAGAUGUCACUCCCUGUGGGCAUAACGUCAGAUCGCUAUGGUAACAUCUACGUUUGUGGAGGGUCAUUGACAUCUUUCAUCGAGGCAAUCAAGCCUGACAUGCGUAAAUACAGGAUCAUCUUUAAUAAAACCUCCAGUCAUCCCGUGGCCAUGUGCUUCGACCAUGAAUGCAACCUAUUGUAUGUGUCAGAUAAAGUCCGAAGCCAUAUUAUCUGCUAUCAAUUGCAAAAUAACAGCACUAUCCAAGGGGGGUUGCAGUUAAUGGAAGCCACCUUUUAACAACUUUGAACUUUGGACUUUGUAAUUCUGUAUUAUUUAUUGAAUGCUCAACGCUGAUUUUGGUUUUUAUUGUGUGGUCAGUUAUUCAAACCAUUUCUA